GGAGGGGGAGAAAAAGGAAGGAAGCGGAUGCGCGCACGCGCCCUGGCCCGCGCGCGAACUGACUGACUUACUGAGGGGGCACGCAGAACGAGCGAGCAGGGAAGGGGCGCGCGCCUUGGUCAUCUUCGAGCAUGCGCAGUGCGCCUCCGUCAGUCAGUCAGCCCCACUUGGCGGCUCUGCUCUCACCUCUCUGCCCGGCGGUGACGGGAUUGGGAGUCCGGGGAAGGCGGGCGAAGGAAGGAGCGGAGUGGACGGAGCGAGGGGGCUCUCCCUUCCCCCCUCCCCACUGCACCCCGACCCCCCCUCCCUCUCCUCCUCCUCGGGCGGCCGAAGAUGGCGGAGGGCAACGGCGCCGCGCCCCCCGCACCCCUCGCCCAGCCGCCGCCGCCGCUGCCGUCCCUGAAGGGCCUGCGGGAGCAGAUGGUUGCUGCAGCCCAAGCAUUAGCAGAAGAAAGACGAAACCAAAGUGGUGUUAGUCCUGUUCCUGUCCAGUCCCCAGUUGGUAUAAAGUCAUCAACUAAGCCAGUGAUAGAUGGUUCCACCUUGAGAACAGAAGAGAGGCAAAGGCUAGCCAGGGAGCGAAGAGAAGAGCGUGAGAAGCAGCAUGCUGCCAAAGAAACACAAAUAUUGGAAAAGGAGAAGAAAGCAAAACUCCAGUAUGAAAAGCAAAUCGAAGAGAAGCAGAGGAGGCUGCGGGAGCAGAAGCUGAAAGAGCAACAAAGAAGGGCAGCAGUCGAGGAGAAGAGGAAACAAAAGAUUGAGGAGGAGCAGGAGCGUUAUGAAGCAGUGGUGCAUCGGACCUUGGAGCGGAGCCAGCGGCUGGAAACCAGGCAGAAGAGAUGGUCGUGGGGCGGCUCAGUAACAGAUUCUGAUGGCAAGACGGAGUCGCUAACUACUGGUGAAGCCAGCAAGCGCUCUACUUCUGCAGCAAACCUCAAGCAAGCGGAAACUGUCAUCAAUAAACGCCUUUCGUCUUCAGCGGCACUUCUUAAUUCUGCCAGCAAGGGCUCAACUAAAAGAAGUGCUUCAUUAAACAGACUGAAUAACAAAGUCCCUCUCAAUUCUGAACAGCCAGUAUCCAAAGCUUUACAGGUGGAGCAGAAAGGAGAAACAGAAAAGAAGAGAAGUUCAUCCUUGAAUAGAAUGAGCAGUAAACCGCAGUCAUCUUCUGACUUAGAAAAUGUGCAAAAGGAAGAAAAAGCAGCUCGUCGUUCCCAGUUCAGUGCUGUGGAGAGCAACGUGAUCAGUCGCCUGCUUGCCCCUACCCAGGCCUCCCUAGCUAGGAGUAAAAGUGCUGCCACAUUAUCGGCUGAUGGCAAAGAUCCCUCAGCUUCCAACAGCUCUAUCAAUUCCCCAGUCCAUGCUCCCAAAGUGCCUGUGCGCAGUCGCAGCACUGACAGAUUGAAGGUGGCUGCCUCUUCAUCAGAAAACGUCUCUCUGGACUCUGCUCAGAAAUCUGAGGCAGCAAAGCAGUCCCUGGCUUCGACAGGGAGGUGCGCUCCAUCGCCAUCGUUGCCUGGUCCCAGGCGGUCUCUCUCUCCUGCUAGCAUGGGUAAACGCCCUCCGUCUCCAGCUGCAACAAGACAAAAGCCUCAUCCAACUUCACCAAAAAGACAGUGGCCACCAUCUCCUAUUGUAGGCUCAAAACCAGCACCAAUACAGCGCCCGUCGCUCACUCCGAAUGUCCUUAAUGUCUCCAAAAAGAAAGCAGACCUGGAAUGCAAACCAAAGGAGCGGGUGGCUGACCCUGCAGGGCAAGAGCCUGGAGGGGGAGCUGCCGCUGCUGCAUCAGACACUCCUGCCUCCGAGAGAGAACUGCCUGCUGUGGCUACUACAAAGACCAAAGAAGAUGCAAGUAGCAAAGCUGUUCCAGGGACCACAACAGCCGAAGAAGCAGCAAGAAUCUUGGCAGAGAAACGUCGUCUUGCAAGGGAGCAGAGAGACCGUGAAGACCAGGAAAGAGUUCAAAGAGAAGAGGAGGAAAGGAUCAGAAAAGAGGAAACGGCCAAGAGAGCUCUUGAAGAGCAGGCACAGCUGGAAGAGGCCCUCCGAGAGCUGGAAGAAGAGAGGAGGUUGGAAGAGGAGGAACAACAGCGGCUGGCAAAGAAGGAGAGAAUUCGAAGGGAACAGGAGGAAAAAGAGAAGCUUGCUGAGCUCCAGCUGCAGCGAGAAGAGGCUGAAGCGAAAGCUCUGGAAGAAGCUGAAAAGCAGCGACAGGAGCGGGAGCGAAUCAUGCAGCAGAACAUGCAAGAGAGACUGGAAAGGAAAAAGAGAAUUGAAGAAAUAAUGAGGAGGACCCGGAAGGCAGAGCAGAAUGAAGCCAAGAACGAAGACAAAUCAAAUGAAGAGGAUGAGGGUGUUGAAGAAGAUGAGGAGAUGGGCCUUGAAAAGCAAGAUCAGCCUGAAAAGGCAAACUAUGAUGACUCCUUCCUAGAAGAAGGUCCUGAAGUUGUGUGCAAUAUGGUUGGGUUAAAAGAUGGAUCCAUAAUGGAGCCUGAUGAUGUCUUUGUAAAUGGCGAAGAGCAGGAGGAGGUUGACCCGAGAAAUGAUGGUGUGAAUUCCAUGUAUUUUACUCAGACAAGAGAAGCCAGCCCUCCAGCAAAAGAAACUGUUGUUGAAAACUCUGAAAACUUGCAUGUUAAUGAAGCUGAUCAUCCUGUUGGAUUUAUAUCUAAUCUGAAUGGAAAAUCUGAAUGGAAUUUUGAAGAAAUAAUUGAUCUUGGCAUACAUCCCAAGACAACUAGGCUUAGUUCAGAUAACAUUGCUGCUGAUAGUUCCACGCAGAACUUUAAAGAAGCUACAACAGUACCUGCAAGCCCCAAGCUGGCAUUUGAAGAAGAAAGUUCCACGAAUUCCUUGACCAAGCCGAUAGAGACUGCAUCAGAACUGUGAACACUAGAACCCUGGGAGGCCCUGAUUGCGCUUCAGGAAUUCAGGGUUUCAUCAAGUCAUGAAGGCCUUGUUUUGGAAAAGCUGCUUGUGAACCUUUUGUCCACCUCCAAACUUUAUGCAGAAAAGUCAAUAAACAAGCCUGACCUGCCUAAUGUUGCACCUUGAAACCUUUUCAGGGAGACUCUUUUGCUGUUGCUUUAUCAGAUUUCAUUAGUGGAUCUGUUUAACAAGGUUUCCUUUUCUAAUAUAAAGGAAAUAAAAAUGUUCUCCUUUUGAUGAAAUGUUCAUUAAAUUGCCUGUGGGUCCUUAAUUUUCCUGUAAGUGUGAUAUAUGGUGACUUGUACUGGAGACUGACCAACUAUUGUUGCAUACAGAACACAGUCAGCCUAAUAAAAUAAAAUCUAACACGUAUUAAAACCAAACCCAUCUUGUCACAUGUUACUUCCCUCAUACAUUUGUCGUCAUGGGAGGCAACAUUUAAAGAGAGCUUAAUUUAAAUAGUUAAGAGCCUAUGACUUUAUUCUGGGUCAGGUGACAAUUUUUGUCAGUUUCUACCAUUAAAAAAACUCACUAGGGUUAAGAUUGUCUCUUCCAGCACUUGAAAAGAAGCCCUCCUAGCAAGUGGUGUGUAAAAAUGGGGAACCACAGUGUACAAUUCUUCUCUAUUCUGCUUCCUUAUAGGUUUUAGCAGGGGGCAGCUUUUGGGGUCAACUUCUCCAAGCAGCGAUCCUAUGACCUUAUAGCAACCUGGUGUGGUGUGUUUAUGGGGAUUGCAAGUCCUGUUAGUCCCCCUAACUACACACGUUGUACAGUGUGGAGAUUUGCCAUGAGACCCACAGUUAGGAUGUGUGAAGUGUAUGGAAGGCCAGUGUGGCUGAGGCCUCCAGCUAAAUAACUCCGUGCAUGUUUUAAGAGGGGGCCAAGGACACCAACUGAAUGAGCAUCUUCCCUUUGUUUACCUUAAAACCCAUCUUUGUCAUUAAGCCUUUCACAGGGUGGCCUUUAGUCAUGCACCAUCCAUAAUACAUUUUAAUAGGUGAAGCUUCUUAAAAAAAUUUAAGUCAGUGCACAUCUGAAUGUGCUGCAAGAAUGAAAAACAAAUUGCAUCAGCAUCAUGCCCGAUCCAUCAAGUUGGGCUGCUGUGUGGCUCCCGUUCAUUUUUCCUGGGCUUGUCAGACUCUUGUGCAAGCCCCUAAUAAAACUAGCUGUAGCCAUACAGCAGCAUAGCACCUGUCAGAGUCUUUCCAUUGUGUGCUUGGCAUUGGUUGAGUUUAAAAGUUUUUAAAAACAAACAAACACAUGUAUUUAAGUUGAUCUUCACACAUGUAAGUAUUUUUGUGUGUGUACAUAAAACCAGUAUUAAACCCCUGAAGUUGUGUGUUUAUUUUUUGGUCUUGUUAAUCUUUUCUUCUACUAGCUUCAUCUCACUGCUUGCCUCAGCUAUCAAGGCUGCUGUCGGCAUAAAGCAACCUAUUUAGCCCCAGCCCCAGAUCUUUGUGCAGCAUGUAGGAAUGAAUUUUGCGGCUGCAUCUACAAAUUACCUAGAGCGGCAAGCAGCCUUGUUUUCAUUCUACUGUCCUAAAUAGCUAGGAGUCCCUUAUCAAGCAGCUGCUCCCUUAAAAGAUUCCUUUGACAAGCAACUGCCACUUCUGUCCCAUAUGGCAGCUGCUUCCUCAAUCUUCAGUGCAGAUGUUUGCACUGGAACACAUUUCUUGACAUCCCAGUUGAAUUAGAGAGCCAGCCCCCUUCCCUUCUUGUUGUGGGAAUCAUUCUCCCCCAACCCCCUUGCUGUUUCCAAAUAUUUUAGAGCAGUGCCUUAGGUUCAAACAAAUGAAAUGUAUUUUUGUAUGAUAGCUCUUUCAUUCUGGCAGAGACAAUCAUUCUAACAAGCAUGAUGAUGCUGAUAUUUUUUUGUGCAAACUGAUGCCUGUUGAAUGCUUUGUUAACAGCUGUAUGUAAAUACAUAUGCACUGUUAAAUAAACUUUGAAAUUGAAA